AUGGACUUUGACAAAGACGAGCUUGACUACCAGUCACACGACGACUCAGAUGAGUUUGAUGAGGAUAAAUUGACAAACGAAGAGUACGACUUAUUAUACAAGCAACUUGCACAUUUAAAGUUAAAGUUAAAAUCAUACAAUGACGAAAUUUCAGAAUGGGAUCUUAAGGAGUCGUUAUAUUUCAAUUACUUUGAAGUUGAUCCGUCAAUUGCCGAAUUGAAAUCCAAGUUUAAACCAACACAAUUGGCAAAACUACGAGCUCAGCAGCGAGAAAGAGAGUUGAAUAAUGGGAAAAGCCAGGACAUAUUACCAGCUGAAUCUCAGGCGAAAUCGUCUCUGCAAGAAUACAUCGCCAUAGGCAUUGAGAAACCGAUAUCGAGUUCGAGUCGUCCUUCAACAUUAGUCCAAAAGUCCAGAUCUGGUCAUUUCACCCAGCCUAAUAAACUGCAUACAUCUAUAUUGGACCAAUUUACUAGCGGUGCUAGCGGUACAAGCAGCACGUCGCUGGUAAAUCGAUCAUUGCACUCGAUACCACACUCGAUACCACCGCGUUUGAGACAUAAGAAGGAGCUGACCCAAGAGGAGAAAAAAGCUGUUGUUGUUGCUGCUGCUGCUGUUGCUGCUGCUGCUAAGCCAGCAACCGGGUACCAAAUUGCAUUUGAUAUUCAGUUGGACAGCUCAAAGUUGGCAAGUGCUCCAAGAAUGGACAUAUCCGUUUUUUGGGUUUCCAACCCUUUCCCUUGCACGACAACCGAAAAUGAGCAGAAAAGGAGAAGAUUGUAUGAUUCCGUAUUCCAGCCUAUUACUAACUUUAGCAUACCUAUAGAGAAGAUAGUCACGUCAAAGCAAAACUUUGUAGGAAAACCGUCACCAGAUGAUGAGGUGUUGAAUGCGCAAAAGCAAGCAUUUGACGCAAUGAGCACAUUGCAAAUCAGCGAUCAAGCAGCCGCAAAAAGUAAGCCAGCACCACCUAGACCGAAAGAGACAAAACCGUUCAAAAGUGUUGAUAUUGAUAAAGAAAUAGCUACGAACCCAAGCUACUGUAAACCACAUAAAUCGUUUAUUGUCAUUGGACAUGUAGAUGCUGGCAAGUCUACUCUCAUGGGGAGAUUACUCUUUGAUUUCGGUAUCGUUGAUGCCAAAACGGUGAAUAAAUUGGUACGGGAAAGUGAAAGAAUAGGAAAAGGUUCAUUUGCAUUAGCAUGGAUUAUGGAUCAAACACAAGAGGAAAGAAGCCAUGGGGUCACAGUCGAUAUCUGUGCAACCGAUUUUGAGAUUGAAUCUACUAAAUUCACAGCAAUAGAUGCUCCAGGCCAUAAGGAUUUUGUGCCGCAAAUGAUCAGUGGUGUAUCUAAUGCCGACUUUGCUCUUUUGGUUAUUGAUUCAAUCACCGGUGAAUUUGAAGCUGGUUUUGCAUUGGAUGGCCAAACUAAAGAGCAUACGAUUUUGGCCAAGAAUUUGGGAAUCGAGAAGAUAUGCGUUGUUGUUAACAAAAUGGAUAAAGAAGAUUGGAAUGAACAUAGGUUUGAAGCAAUCAAGAGUCAAAUGUUGGAAUAUUUAACUGGUUCAGAUGUCGACUUCAAACCUGACCAAAUUGAUUUUAUACCAAUCUCGGGGUUGACUGGUAACAAUGUGGUAAAACGAGAUGCAUCAGUAGAUUCGUUUAAAUGGUAUGAUGGUCAAACUUUGGCCCAUUACCUCGAAAAUGUAUCUAUUAACAGCGAUGUUUCCAGAAAACAGGUAACAACUGAACCAUUUUACCUUUCUGUGCAUGACGUAUACAAGGAUAAAGGAGAAUUGAAAGUGAUUGGAAAAAUCACAAGCGGCUACGUUGAAGCAGGAGAAACGAUUAUUACCUACCCAAGUGAGGAGACAUUGCAAGUACAAUCAAUCAAAAUUGCUAAAAAUGACGUGGACUUUGCCAUCAAAGGUCAGUUAGUCACGUUACUUUUCAAAACAAGUCAUUUAUCAAACGAAUCAAUAGAUCAAAUUAAAAUAGGAGACGUGAUAACCAAAAUCGGUUCAUCAAUCAAGACGGUCAAGAAAUUCAUAGCGUCGCUACAUUUGUUCAACAUGGAUAAACCAUUACUUGUUGGUUCGCCAUUUGUUUUAUUUAGAAACAGUAGUCAAGUACCAGCUAGGAUAACCAAGAUUAUCGAAAUCACAAAUUCUACAAAAAAGAAAAAGAAGAUCUUACACUUGACUUCAAAGCAAACUGCUCGUGUGGAAAUUGAAGUUGAUAGCGGCGAAUCAUUACCGUUGACGACCUAUGAAGAGAAUGCCAAGUUGGGUAAGAUUGUAAUUAGAAGAGAAGGCAAAACAAUUGGAGCAGGAACUGUUGUUUCAACUGAUACAGUUUUAUAA